UCAUCAAUGAUUCAAGAACAGGUCAAUUGGGUAGAAAGGAAUGUGUUAGAAUCUUCAUCUGCCGCACAACAAAAAACAGCUAGAAAAGCUCCUGCGAGUAAUGAGGUGUAUCAAGUUUUUGAAAAUGAUCAUGAAAGAAAAAAGGCACUUCGUGUAUAUACUUUUUGA